GUUGACGCGCUCGAGACCGAUCGCCAGCUCGAACUAUCGCUUCAGUCCAUGUGCGCCGACCCCCACGUGGUCCACCAACAUAAAAGCCCCCGUCGCAAACACGCGCGCACCAUUGGUGACUCUACCGCCGAUGAAUCCGAAUCCGAGUCGGACGAUUCCGGUCGAUUUGACGAUGCCGAAGAGUCGAAUUACCCCUCCCGCGUGCAGAGUAGAUCCCCGUCCGUUCAUUCAGCAAAGCGACGGCGUUCGAAUGAGUGGCCUUUACAGUUGGAGAACGGCGGGGAACCUUCGAUGCCGCAAGAUAAUGAUGAUCAACAACAUCCUGUCCAAAGGGCUGCGGGUAGCAGCAACAAGACGGGCGGGCACCGGAAGCCGUUCCAGACUGCAGUGGGUAAGAUCUCUCCACGGACGUCAAUGGGAUCCGGCCGGUUCGGUCGCCAGGCUGGUGCGUCCGGUCGGGGCCGACGAUCGCGGUUCGUCGAGGGAACAAUGAGCGACAGCGUGAGCGAGAAGCCACCGAGUAUCUUCUUGCGCGAUGAUGCACGCCACGCGGGAAAUGGUACGGGCCAGCAAAGGGGCUCGGGCAUAUUCCGGUUUGGAAAGGCGAUUGCCUCCGCCUUCAAUCCCUUCGGCGCUUGGGGGUGGAAAAGCAAUGCUGAGGCCAACAAACAGCCGGACGAUCCGCUUGCUCAGGCAGAGCGGGCCUACGCGGAGCUCAAGCGCUCCGGAUACAAGGGUACAGUCAAGGGCAGCUAUAUACGGAGUUUGGACGGGGAGUCUGGAGUUCCUCCCAAGUCCUGGAAUCCCAUCCCAGAGCCAGCGACUUACCGGCCCAUGGCGCAUCAUGCGAGACAGAACUCGGGAGAAGGGAACGAGUCCGGAGGGUCUAUUCGAUCCUCGUUCCAGGAGCUGCGCAAGGCCAAGUCAUCCUUGGGCAUUCCAUACAUUAAGCGCUUGGACUCGAACAAGCUUUCAUCCGAGGAACAGCCGGAGGGCGCAGAAGUGCGACGACAGAAGUCGCGUAAAGAGCUUCAGCGACAGGCCAAGCUGAUGAAGCGCGUGAGCGACCUGGAGCUCAAGUUACAACGGGCGCGUCGGGAACUGCACGACUUGGUUGGCGACGAGGAGGAAGAAGAAGUGCAGGCACCGACUCCCUUUCUCGACAAACCAUACUCUCGCAAAUUUGUCCCCGGCGCACUUCCCUCGCUCCCAUCGGAGCGGUUGUUGCACGGUAAUAGCCAGCCGACAUCCCCGACUUCCUCUCGAGCCAAAACCACGCCAAGCAAACCUAUAACCGGUACGCAGCAGCAACAACAUGGUAUGACACCACGAACACCUAAGGAUCCCCAGCCCCAAUCGUCUUUGACCGCAGACAGUCCCACACUCAAACGCAAGUCGCCAGACCCUGCAUCUCUAAAAAAGAUCCAGCCUGAAUCGACGCAACAUACAGACAACCGCCAAUAUUACGGAACAGCCGGUACACCCACUCUUCGUAAGCCCAAACUGCCGAAAAUGGGCCCCGGCGACAGCCCCGGCUCCGUCGAGCGAAAGCAUUCUGCUUCCAGUCGUUCCCCGAACACCCCCAGCGAGGAACGCGGCCGCAGACGCUCCACCCCCCUCCGAUCAUCACCCAGCAACCCUCGCUCGCCUUCAGCAGCGGCGGCGCGUAGACGCGCCUCAAAUUCCAGGAACCGUGCCCCCCAGCCUCAGCCUAGCCUGCGGAUGAAAAAGGGCCGCCCAGAUCUGCGAUCAGCCAGUGCGGGCGAGAGCCUAAUGCUGCCUAGUCCGGGUAAGGCGGAUGACCACGACAAGGAAAAUCAGCAGGCGCAGCUGCAGCUGUAUAGCAGCAGCGUCGCGGUGGUGAAGACGGAUCAGUCCGAGGAGAUGGCCAUAACGACGACUCUGGCAUCUGGGGAGGUAAGGACCAGCCCCAGUCCCAGUUCAUCUCCGAGUAAAAAGAAGUCGGCUCGCUACGAGUACAUCCCGCCUGUGCCACCGCUCCCGAAGAACCUGUCUGCCACCGCGGCGAAGGUAGACCGACGGCUGGCGAAGGAGAUGGGCAAGAAGCGGGAGGCGCGGGAUCGCGAAAAGGCGCAGGCACAGCCUCAACCCCAGCCCCAGCCCCAGCCCCAGCCCCAGCCCCAGCCCCAGCCCCAGUCGCCAUUGGCACAGAAGCUUGAGAUUGUGGGAGCGGGCAAGCGGUCGGGCUCGGGCGGCGCGCACAGCUUCCAAUGGCCGGAAGAUUUUUUCUGA